AUGGAAGAUUUCUCCUCUGGAGCCGUUCUCGUACUGAUAUUUGCUAUUGUUUACCUCAACUGCGAGUUCGAGCUCGCCUACUACAACUUUACCUUCUUCUCGACCUACUUGUCAGUCAACGCAGUAGAAUUCACCGUCACCUUUCCGAAUUCGCCUCCAAUUUCAAACGGUUUUGCAUGCGAAAAAAUCAAGGCGAACAUUUCCUCCAUUCAAAUCCAUUGGUUCUGCGUCUUCAGGCGCCUUCUUUACAAAAGACCAAUUUCGCUCAAAAUAGGCGACGUAAAUACCGUCUUCGACUUGUACCGCCAAGCUGAAAGCCCAGUUCCUUCCUUCGUUCCUCAAUCUUCUUCAUCCUACGCGUCUCGGUCGUCCUCGCAAGAUUUCUUCAUCAAAAACUUUUUCCUCCAAAGUCUUCAAUGUUCCUCUUUCACCAGUCGUUUCGAUAUCUUCAACCCUGGCUAUCGCCUGUCAGAAUGCGCGAUAACAUUUUCAGUCCUUCAAACAGAAUUCGCCAUAUCCGUGCGGGAAAAACUCAACCACCUUUUCACAACUUUAUCUACUCCCGAGAUUUCCCUAUCGAUCAACUACCCGAAAGGCCAAAUCCUACGGGUGUACUGUCCCUUACUAAUCAACUACACACUGCCAUUACAAAUGCCCUGCGUCAACGAAGAGCCCGAGUUCCUCGAGAUCGUCUUCUCUAAGUUCAACAUCGAGGCGGAAAUCAAAGCCUUAGGCGUGAUCCGCUCCUUCAUCAAAAAAGCGCCACUUGGAGGAACUAGCCCGGAGCACUUUUCCUCUUCAACGCAGCUUAUCCACUCUUCCAAAACUGCCCAAAAGCUGCUCAAAUUGACGAAUAUGCCUCGUGCCGAGCUUCGAAUUCACAACUUCUGCGCGGAGAUCAACUCAGAGCGCGAAAUGAAAACGCUGGAGCUCUCCUGCUCCGAAGUGUCUAUCAUGAAAACGCUGAAGGAAGUCGAACUCGUCGAAGUGGACAACGCACGGGCGAAUAGAGCGGGCUCCAGAAGAAAGCCAUUUCGCACCUCCUGGUCAAUCGAAUCAAUGGCUGCGUGCGAACGAACAUCUCUUCUUUUCGAACUGAAAGAAACGAGUCUCAGAAGUCACGACAUAGAAGCGCCGCUGAUCGAAGCGAAUCACCUGCGAUGCAAUGUCGAGGUGGAAAACGGUCGCGUCCAACCAAUGCGCAUCAUAUUCGUCGUCCAAAGCAGUCAAUUGACCCUGUUUCUGAACUUGGACGAGGCAUUCCUUUGGUAUAAAUUGGCGAAGGCAGGGUUGGAAUGGACGCCAGGCCCGUCAGGUCUUCGCCCGUUUGGUUCAAAAGAGUCCUUAGAAAUGUUCAAACUUCAGAGGCAUCGGAAGACCAAGUCCGAACCGGGAAUUAAAAAUCCCUAUGCGAAAAGGGCGCUUGUCAUUGAAUACUUCCUCUCAGCAAAGAUCAACAACGCCAAAUGCUCCAUUGAGUCGCAUCAAUCCAAAGCUCUACUAACCUUUCGCUCGCUCUCCAUCCUCAACCAUAAGCACUCAGACAGCCAGGGGAUCAUCUUCAACAUUGACAAGCUGCAGAGCUUCACCGAGUCUGUUCUCGGAAAAGGACCGCCAGCUUUUGAAAGUGGUACGCAUCAUUGGGGCACGCUUAUUGGAAUUGAACAAGUGCGGCUUGGAAACUCGCUCGAAUUCGAAACCGGAAGGGAUCUGAAUCAAACCAUCUGCCACAACGAUGUCAAAGUGUAUGGCUUUACAAUGGAAGUAUCGAACGAAAUUGCGGAAAACUUGACUCAAUUAAUCCGCACAGUCACCAACUUUGUCGAAAAUCACUUCCAAGAUACCUCUCCCGAUCGCGUGCGAAAUUCUAGAAUAUCUUCCGUGCUCAAAGUUGACUCCAGAUACGCAGAUGUGAAUGUGCGCGAUGUGACGAUUUAUGUGCGAUCGAGUCAAUGUCCAGAGCUGGUUUUAUUCCGACUCGAUACUCUCCAAGCAGAUAGAAAUUUGAAGGCGCUGAAGAUCAAGAUUUCUGGCGUGGCAUUUGGACUGACGCAGUUUAUUGGAUCGAAAGUAGAGUGUCUGCCUUCGGAUAGCAUCGAUGACAAGUUCUUCGAAAUCAAGGAAUGCCUCGCAACGUUUGAGCUGUCUGAUUACGCCUUGGAAAAGUUAUCGGUCGAGUUUCCUGCUGGUCAUGUGACAGUGCUCAAGUGGAGUCCACGAGUGCACAUUCUCUUCCACGAAAGCGUCGUUGAAAUCAUCAAUCACCUUCGGAACGCGGUCAUGUCCACUCCUCCCUCGACACCAAACUCUUCUUUUACCAAUGGGCCAGGUCUAUCAGGAAGCGAAGGAAAGGAGAGACUCAAUCUUCUGAAGUAUAUCAGCGCGAAUUUACGGGACUUUCACCUGAUUUUCAACCUCGACACGGGCCAGAAAAUGGAGCUGCGUCUCGUCAACUUCGGCUGUGUGUGCAAUAAGCUCUCCGAGAUUCGAUUCUCGUCCUCGUCGAUGAUAUUCGACUUCGACGAUCAUUCCAAACUCAUAAACAUAGAAGAGCUAAAAGUAACUUACAAAGAAAAAGACGACAAUUUAGACGCGUUGCGAAAAGAUCGUGAGGCUUAUUUCAAGCUGAAGCCAAAAACAUUGUCAAAUCGCGUUCUUUUCAUCGAAUCCAGCCUCCUGCAUCUUCAUUUCCCCUUCAACUAUAUGUUCACAACCACAUUCGAGCACUGCAUCGCCACUUUCAAGAUGAUCAAAAAACUCUACAAACCGAAUUCGGAGCCGUUUUCAAGCACCAAGUUGCCACCCGAUCUCGUCUUUCGCGUCAAGAAGUGGCUCUGGACGGUCGAAGACGAUCCCUUUGAGAUUAAGCUUCGGUCAGUCUAUGACUUUCACUCCCAAGAGGUUAUCGACCAGCAGAAGCGUCUCAAAAUCCUCGAAGAUCGAAUUAAACAAAUGGAAGCGGAAGAAAGUGUCUUACGGGGGCUCCUGGACAAACUUCUUGAAAAGAACAUUGACAUCUAUCUAGCUCGUAUUCGUAAAAUGAAAGCAGAAGAAAAAUGGAUCAAGUAUAAAAAUCUCUUCAGCUGGACUGUAACUGAUUUUGACUUGACAGUUUUGGCGGAUAAAUCGAUGAACGGAUACGAACCGCUGAAGGAACUGCUGCUUCUGAUCGACCAAGACCUUCAAGACGAAACUGUAGCUGCCUUCGAGUACUCGACAAUGUGGGGCCGAGUGAUUGAGCUCAAAGCAUCGAACUGGCGCGUCCAGCUUCGGGACUUUCCGACCGACUUGGUGAAAGCCGAGAAUUUCUCGUGGACAGGAACGCUCUGCGGUGCAGAGCAGCACGGAACGGAAGAGCACAACUGGAAGCGAUUCACAAUCGAUCCGGGACAGCCGUGGAGUUCGCGAGAAGUGAUGCGAAACCUCGCCCCGCUCAAGUUCUUCCACGACAUUGAGAUGAAUUACGAUCUUCUUGAGCUCGGUUGGGGUCCAUGUCUAGAAGCAGCCUGGGGCGAGUUCCAACACGCAUUCGAUCGAAUAACCUCUGGCCCGCCGGAUAACUCGCCAGCACUGCCCUGGUGGGACAAGCAGCGACUCAAGUACAGAGGCAAAAUUGUCCUGAAAGCUAAUCGAUCAGAAUGGCAUCAUUUGUCGUCAAAGAGUCCGUACGCGCACGAAGAACGCCUUUGCUGGCAAUGGGACUAG